UUGGCGGCGGCGGCAAUGGGGCGGGCGGCGUUGGCCUUGUGGGCUCUGGUGGUGGCGGCCACGCAGUGGUGGCUAGAACCCGCUGUGGCGGGCGGUCCGGCAGAUACCAAAUGGAAGACAAUAUCUGACCAAAUUAAGAAAGCUGUGGAAGCCUAUAAGCCAUGUGUAAAGGAGAAUUGCAGCUGCCACCAAAGUGUCUGGAAGCAGGACCUGGCUCCUUUUCGAGGUGGCAUUUCCAAGGAGACAAUAUCAGAUGUGGUGAGCCGGAAGCUUGGGACACACUACCAGAUCAUUAAGAACAAAUUGUAUCGUGAGCAGGACUGCUUGUUCCCUGCAAGAUGCAGUGGAGUAGAGCACUUCCUUUUGGGGAUCAUCAAGCGCCUCCCUGACAUGGAAAUGGUGAUCAAUGUACGAGACUACCCCCAGGUGCCCAAGUGGAUGAAACCCAUUAUCCCGGUCUUCUCCUUCAGUAAGACAUCUGAAUACAAUGACAUCAUGUAUCCUGCCUGGACAUUUUGGGAAGGAGGACCAGCUGUUUGGCCAAUUUACCCAACAGGUUUAGGACGCUGGGACCUCAUGAGAGAGGACCUCAGAAGAUCUGCAGAGAAAUGGCCAUGGGUGAAAAAAAUCUCUAAAGGAUAUUUCCGAGGAUCCAGAACGAGCCCUGAGAGAGAUCCCCUCAUUCUGCUGUCCCGAGAAAGCCCCGAACUUGUUGAUGCCGAGUACACUAAGAACCAGGCUUGGAAAUCUGAAAAGGACACCUUAGGGAAGCCCCCUGCAAAGGAAAUUCCACUGGUUGAUCACUGCAAAUACAAGUAUCUGUUUAAUUUCCGAGGAGUGGCUGCCAGUUUCCGGUUGAAACACCUUUUCUUGUGUGGUUCGCUCGUCUUUCACGUUGGAGAAGAGUGGUUGGAAUUCUUCUACCCACAGCUGAAGCCUUGGGUCCAUUACAUCCCAGUCCGAUCAGACCUCUCUAAUGUCAGGGAGCUGUUGCAGUUUGUGAAGGAAAAUGAUGCCAUAGCACAAGAAAUUUCAGAGAGGGGACGCCAAUUCAUCACUGAGCACUUGCAGAUGGAGGAUGUCUCUUGCUACUGGGAGCAUCUGCUGUCUGAAUAUUCCCAAGCCUUGACUUACAAAGUGAAGAGGAGGAAGAGCUACAGCGAGAUCACUUCAGAGUGGCUGAAAACAGAACUGUAGACACGUCUCUGUUUUUCUCUUCAGCUCAAGCUGAUCUCCGUGGAAAUGUGAAGAUCAGUGUGUCUUCUUUCUUGUUCUCUGAGACUUUGUAUCUAUGCUAGGACUACAAAGAACAGCAGCAGCCUGACUUUCAAACUGCUCAUGGGACCUGGUUAUACUGUUGCUGUAAGGAUGUUGAGUCACACAUCAGAUUAUGGCUAUUUAAUGGGGUAGGGUUAGUUGUGCCUGGAAGAGUUAGUGUUUGGGACUUAGUUACUGCCUGUCUCAAAAUGACUCUAAAUCACAUCCAGUUGUAGAAUCAUAGAAUCACAGAAUCAUAGAACGGUAGGACUGGAAAGGACCUCCAGAGAUCAUCUAGUCCAACCCCUUGCUAAAGCAGGUUAACCCAGUUCAGGUCACACAGGAACACGUCCAGGUGGGUUUUGAAAACCAGAGAAGGAGACUCCAUACCCUCCCUGGGCAGCCUGUGGCAGGGCAUCCUUACAGUAGUUUUUCCUUGUGUUUAAGUGGAACGUUUUGUGUUCCAGCUUAUGUCCAUUACCCCUAGUCUUGUCGCUAGAGAUAACAGGAAAAAGUUCCACCCCGUCCUCCUGAUAUACAUCUUUUAAGUACUUUUAAGUGUUUUUGAGGUCCCCUGUUAGUCUCCCCUUCUCCAGGCUGAAUAACCUCAGGUCCCGCAGCCUUUCCUCAUGAGAGGAAACGAAAAGCCCUUCUGUUAAUUUUACUGGACUUUUUACUAAGUCCUCUGUGCUCCCAGGCAAGGUGCACAGGCUGUUGAGACCAUUGGGAGACACUCAGCUGCGAGAUCCAUAUACCUUUUUUGGCAAACGGUCAAUAUUUCCUCACCUGUGUGAUAGCACUCGGGAUAUUAGGUGUUGUCUAACAGAAGGUGGUACUGGGAUUUAGGGUAGCCUUUUUAGAUAGCUUACAGCUAUGUCUGUGUCAGGUUUUAGGGAUUGUUGGUAAGGCUUUUCUGUGCCAUUGAAAAGACAAAUGAUCCUUGCACAGUUGAACUACCUACCUCAUAGGGGAGAGGCAAAGACGGUUCCUCCUUCCGAAGGUGAGCUCCCGCAAAACUGAGCCCAUUAACAGGCUCUGGCUGCUCAGCUGGCUAGGCAUCCUUAACCCAGAGAGAAUAUCCACAGAGGUGGAGUCAGCUCUCCUUUUCCUCAGAUGUUCACAGAUUCCCUGCCCUGAUCCUCUUUGGUAAUCUUUCUAGGGUUGUUUUGGAGGGGUUUUCUUGAGGCUGGUAAGAGCUCACUUCAGUAUUUGCUUUUCUUUCUUACCACUGUUAUACUGCUUUGCCCAUCUUUCAGCCUGGCUGAGGGAACGCCUUCAGGCAGAGUGGCAGGUAGCCCCUACAAUGGUGUUUUGAGUUGAGUCACAGGCUGCUUAUGCUCACCCUGUGUAUGUCUGCUAUAGGCUGCUUGGCCUAGAGUGAGGGACAUUUAUAUAAUGCACUGUGGCCCUUGAGCUGAGAGCUCUGUAGGAAUCAGCAUCUUCUCUGGCAUCCAGACAGGUGCAUGGAAGAGGGUGAGCAGCAGUAUGGGGUCCUGGGAGAGCUGUCAGAUUCCUGGAGGGCCAUUGCCUCCCAGGGGAGCACCCUUGAUGAAAAAGCAGCUUAGGAAGCACAACAACCAACAGCUCACGGUCUCCUCUGCAGUCAGUUUGGAUCAGAGAAGAAUGCUACAAGGAGCAAUAACACUAAGUGCUCAUGAGGCCUCACAGCAUGGCCAGACCCCUGGUGCAGGGGUGCAACUGUCACAUGCUGGCAGCUGGAGCAGCUUGCCAGUGAUGUGCCUGGGUUAUCCUGGCUGCCAAGGACACAAACUGGGGUGUUGGAGUAGCCUGGUUUGUGAGGAGAGGAACUGUGCCGGGGGGGAGGCACCUAUUUUGUAUUGUUAGUCAGGGGAGUAGCCUUUUUUUUGGUAGUGGGGCAGCACCCUGGGAAACUGAAACAGCUCUGUAUAAUGUUUAUAAACAGUUUUUCAUUAAGUGCUUUUGGAAUAAAACGAAUGAAAACGAA